GGUAUGGGUUCUACCCGUUGAUGUGGACUCUAAUAUGGAAGCGUUUGCGGUGCUACUACAAUGGUCUGCCCAAUGCCGUUCACUCAUCACGUCAUAUGCUCUCUUUUCCGAAACGUCAUUUAUAGAACAUCCCCCCGCCUGUGACCUGUCACACCGUAUAUAAAGAUUGCAGGUGACUUGUCUUUUGUCUUCUUUACAAUCUUCUGAGUAUCCAAGAAAUUAUCAACAUCUUAACAAACAGAUACAAAAUCCACGAACAUGUCUGGAAUCACAAACAAGCUCGAGAACAAGGUUGACAAGACCUUCUUCAGUGGCGGCCCCGGUACUACAGGCCGAGAGCCGUUCGAAGAUAGCACAACUUCUGGUACCACUGGUACCCACUCCUCUAACACUACCAACCCGGCUACCUCUCUCCAUGGCGGUAUCACUCACGAUGAGAACGUUCGAUCUGGCAUGGGCGCCACUGGCACCCCCGACAGAACAACGGGUAGCACUGGCUCUUACACUGGCACUGGUGUUGGCAACGAGAAUAUUCCCGCUCCUCAUAGCUCUAGCACCGGUACCAACGUUCCCGGCACACACACUGGUGGCGGUGCACCCAUCGGGGCUCAGGGUACUUCAUUUGGCCAGACUGGCGAGCAGCGCGGUGUUGGUGGGGUAACUGCUGGCGGUGUUACUGGUAGUGGUAAUCCUACUCAUGCUGGUUAUGGUUCUGGUGCUACUACUGGACUCGACUCUUCUCGACAUGGUCAAGGAAUCGGCUCGGGUACCGAUAAGCACUCUUCAACAGGCUAUGGUGCUCAUGAAUCUAGCUUUGCUCCUCCUAUUUCUUCCACCACUGGUUCUGGUGCUAAGGUUGCCGACUACGGCACUGGCUCCCACACCAGUUCUCACCACACUGGCGCAGCCGCUACUGGUGCUGCCGCCGCUGGUACUGGUGCUGCCGCUUAUGGCCACCAUGAGAACAAGCACGCCGGUUCUGGCCAUACUGGCUCACAUUCCCACGAUACCUCUGGUAACCACGGCGUUGGUACAACCGACUCUUACGGCUCUGGUCUCCCUAGCGCGCUCGAUAACAAACAGUCUGUCGGUGCUGGUGCUCGAGACAGCCGUGAUAGGACUGGUCACCUUGAAGAAGGAUCCGCCCUAUACGAGCGAUCUACAGACCAAGGACCUGUUACUGGCGGUGCUGCCAACACCGACAAGUUCGACACUGACAAGCCGAGAAACACUUCUGGUUUGACCGGCCACGGUACAGGCAAGACUCACAACUAUGACGGUACCUCUUCUAGAACUGCCCCUCACAGCGGUACUGAGGACCCGUAUAAGCAACAGUCUGGCGGUGCUGCGGGUAUUUUUGCCACUUCUGACAAAGACUUCACCUCCAACACCGACCGUCUCGGCAAGGGCGCUUACCACGACGAUCAGGGUCUCUUCAAGGACAACACCAGUGGUCCCGGCGGCCGAAGCGCCCUUACUGGUCGAGAGGGUAAUUACGAGAAGAACCCUAUUAGCGGUGUAGAGAGUGCCGGUCAGAAGCAUCACACUGGUGCUACAUCUGGCGCUGGUACUGGUGCCACUGGAGGCGCCGCCUACGAAGCUGAAAAGGCUGAAAACAAACUCGCUGGCAGCCACUCUACCACCGGUGCUUAUGACACUCCCACUUCCUCUCACGGUAUUGCCGGCCGCGAUGGUACCACUGCUACCACCGGCCAGUCUGGCUACGGUACUGGUGACAGGACUGGUACAUACAACGAGACUGGUACCACCGGCACUCACUCUAGCUCCACCGGAGAGUCUGGUACUGCCAUUGGUGGCCACGACACUGAUACAGGCAGGACCACUGAGGGUACACAUGAGAAGAAGGGUAUUAUUGAGAAGAUCAAGGAGGCUAUCCACUAAUCGUUGUAAUAAUUUGGUGGUUGAUUGUUGGAUGAGAUUGUCCUGAAAUAAUCAGAAUCGUAAGAAGCAAACAAACAAACAAACAACAAACAUGUAGCUUAGGAAUAGGCGGAUUG